ACACCAUUUCCAAGAACUUACGAACCCUGCCUUCGGGCCGAAACGCGCCCAAGAAGCCAUGCAGGGUAAAAUCAUUCGACUGGGGCUGGAUGUACGUCUACGCAUACUGGUCAGGACUACAGCUGACCAGACUAUCAGUCCCCCUUCCUCAUGCACACUAUCAUCGCCGCAGCCACCUCCCAUAUCCGCCAUUCCGUUCCUGAAAACCGAACCUACGCCGUGACGGAAUCCUACCACUGGCAGCAGGCCAUCUCACAGUACUCGGAGGCUCUCACGACCAUCGGUCCGGACAACACAGACAGUCUGAUCUCGGCCUGUCUGCUCAUGACGAUCCGGUCCUUCGCGCUGGACGAAUACAACCCGCUCAGCUCGUUUGUCUUCUCCGACGACUCAACCUCGCUCAACUGGCUGAGCCUGCAGGCGGGCCUGCGACAUCUACUCGAAGCGACAUACAAAUGGCAAAGCGACAGCAUGUGGUGGGAGGUCUUUAAUAAGACCGAUAACAGCAAGGUACAGUUCUUCGACGACGACCGCCCGGGAAGGGUAGGGAUACGCCCCGAGCUGGCCGACCUCUGCGGCAUCGACGAGACGACCACUGCGGCGACGAGCCCAUACCACGCGCCGGCGCGGAUUCUGACGGGGCUGCUGUCGCUGGAGCGAGGCACACAGAACUUUGGUCCGUAUACAGGGUUCAUGGGUCGGUUGUUGCCGGAUUUCUUCGAGAAGCUGAUACAGAAGGAUCCGCCGGCGCUGGUGCUUCUGAGCUGGUGGUUGGCGCUGAUGCAUGGGACGGAGAUGUGGUGGGUGCACAUGCGAGCGCGGUCCGAGAUUGCGGCCAUCUGCUGGUACUUGGGGGGUGAUGAGGGGAUGGUGCGGCUGUUGGAGUUUCCUGCCGAAUGUGUAGGCGAGAUUACCUUCAUUCAUGAAUGAACUGCAUAGAGAUGCCGAAUGAGGCUGUCGCAAUCGAUGACGAGGAAUCACUCGUCAUCGUCAUCGGCUAACUUGCCGUUGAGGCGUGCGGGACACUCCGCCAAUCAGCGGUGCGGGGAAUGUCGAUGCCUGGAUGCUGAGGCUGGGCAGGCUCAGCCUCGUCGUUCCCCGGCUCGACCUUUGUUUGCUCGUCUCCCACAUUUCUCUCCUCGACUUCUCCCUCUUAGUCUCGCACACACGGUGUCUGUGUCUGUGUUUGCUAUCCCAACACCAGACACCGGUGGUGGCCCCUCCCCACCAUCAAUCACUCCACC